UCUCUAUUUGUUUAUUAAAAAAUAUACACACCAAACGUCCGAUGUUCUUAUCUGAUGUCAAAAAUCUGUCUUCUUACCAUACUGCACGUUUAAAUUCCCAGCUACUACACGUUGUUUGACUUUGUCCCCAUUUGCCGAUGUCACCAACAUAUUACUGCUGGAAAGGUGAAAGGUCAGCUAUUUAUCCAUGAGAACUUGAAACGAGGAGAACAUUGAUUAUCAAAGUGCAAUCAGACAGGAAGGACGGGUCUAAAGUUCAUGUUCAUGGAAAUUCAGCUGGCUGUAAGGAAUGGCACAGAUUCAAGGUGAGGGACGCAGGACAACAUCUGAGGACUGCAUCCUGGUGUUUAAGGCAGAACUGCUAUAAAUGAAUGAAAACUGAGCCGACAGGGUGAAGAUGGACAUCCUUGAGACAGAUGCCUAUGACAAGCGCCAACGGAGAAAUAUGUCUUGUGCCCUUCUUUUCUCUCUUUUGCCUUUCUUUUUGUCCUCUGCCUUAUACUUUUACGUUUGGACUCCUGAUUUGGUUCCAUCAGUAGUAUCUGCAGGUGUCAAAUCAGCCCCGACUCUCCUGUUGGCUGUGGUGGUCUUGAGCUGGAACGGAGGUCAGAGUGUCCUUGGUGUGGCAGGGGGACUAAUCUUCUCUGCUGUUGGGGACUGCUGCUUGGUAUGGCCUGAGCUUUUCAUUCAUGGUAAGACGCAAUUCCCUCUGCAGACAAUUGUUGAAUGGGUUACCUUCCUAUCCAGUCGUUAUGCAACAUACUCUGCCUCCUCUUUGAACCAUUUCCUGUACCUGAUCCUCCUUAUCGUGGGAGGAGCUUUCUACAUCUAUCUUUUUCCAUUCCUGCAGAAGGCCCCAAACUCUGAUUUACUGACUCCAGGUGUGGGGAUCUACUUUAUCCUAAUAACUAUAAUGGCUGCAUUAGCCAUCCGAACCCGCCAUGCAGCUACGUUAUUGGGGAGUUUGUCCUUCAUGGUGUCUGAUGCUUCAUUAACUCUGCAGGUUUUCAAAGUUUUGCCGCCAAUAGAGCACGGUCAGAUUUAUGUUAUGGUGACAUAUUAUUUGGCGCAGCCGCUGAUCACCCACGACUUUUCGAAGUGGAAGCGGUCCUAA